UCAAACCGGAAGUAGUAAAUUAUGGACAUCGUUACAGAACAUGACCCUGAAAAAUAAACUUCCCAGCUGAUUAUACAAAUUUUCAAAAUGGCAGGAAGAUCUGAAAUGUCAGAUAUGACAGAUAUGGGUAGUUCGGAAUCAGAAAGUGUUCUUGGCCAAGAUGACUCUGAACUUGCAUUGUCAGGAAUAAGGAUGUUACUUAACAAUGGUUUUGAAGAGGCACAAGCACUUUUUGACAAAUACAAAAAUGACAGUUCUUUGAUGCAUGCUGGCCACAGCUUUGUAUAUUUUAUGACAGCAUUGAUUUCAUUUGAAGAUGAAAAGAUGGCAGAAGCCUUGAAAAAAUUAGAAGAAACAGAAAAAUUAUGUGACACUGAUUCUGGUAUCUUCAAAUCACUGAAAAAGAAAUUAAAAUCAAAAAAGAAAAAGGAGGGAGAGACAACCAUAAGUAUUGAAGAUAAAAUACAACGACAAGUCAUAGUAGCAGAUUCCAUUUUAUAUCAGGGGAUAUUGAUAUUCACAAAUCAGGACAUUUCAAGUUAUAUCAAAGGGGGUUGGUAUCUUCGUAAAGCAUACAAGAUUUACGAAAAACUUCACAAAGAUGUAAAUCAGCUCAUUGCUGCUUCUAAAUUAAAACAGAGCAAGUCUCAAAACAGUCUAACUAGUGCCGGGUCAGCAGUCAGCUCAGAUGGACCAAUCGACAGCAACGAUAAUGAACUCACUCACGACGUCCUUUCACGUUUAUUAGGAGCUGUGAACUUUGGUUACGGAACCUUUCAGUUGUGUAUAUCAAUGGUACCUCCUAAGAUUUUAAAACUGAUAGAAUUUCUAGGAUUUGAAGGUGAUAGAGAGGCUGGACUUGCAGCCUUAGAUUUUACCAAUCAUAGCAAGGAUAUGAAAGCCCCAUUGGCUACACUGGGGUUGCUAUGGUACCAUACAGUAUUACGACCGUUCUUUGCAUUAGAUGGUGCUAAUGAUUACGACGCAGGUACUCAUGAUGCAGAAGUUAUCAUUGCAGAGAAAGAAUCAGAAUUUGAAAAUUCAGCAUUAUUUUUAUUUUUCCGUGGUAGAAUACAACGACUAAGGAAAAAGACAGAUGAGUCAUUAGAAUUAUACAGAAGAGCUUUGGAGGCAGCAAAAGGCCAGAAAGAACUGGAACUUAUGAAUUUGUAUGAAAUAGGUUGGUGUAACAUUAUGAAGUUAAACUGGAGAGAGUCUCUUGGAGCUUUCACAAGGUUAAAGGAUGAGACUAAAUGGUCCAAGUGUUAUUAUACAUAUCUAAUGGGAGUAUCUCUUGGUGCUAUGGGAGAUGUCAAAGGUGCUAAGGACACACUAAAAGAUGUCCCAGGACUGCUAAAAAAGAAAAAUAACCAGAUUGAGGCUUUUGUUUCUAGGAGGGCAGAGAAGAUGAAGAAGAACCCUCCUACCCAGGAGAUCUGUCGUCUGCUGAGUUUAGAACUUAUAUUCCUGUGGCACGCUCUUCCUACAUGUACAGAGGACGAACUUAAACCAUUUUUAGAUGUGUGUGAUAUGCAGACAGACAAAAACGUAUUCCACCUAAAGUGUCUACUAGAGGGCGCUAUAUAUAAAGAAUUGGGUCAAGAUGAAUAUGCUUUACAAUGUUUAGACGAAUCGCUAGCCAGACACCAAGGUAUGAAAGAUGACAACCAUGUACCAGCCUUUACUUUGUAUGAAAUAGCUUCCAUUAAAAUGAAAUCUCCUGAGACGAAAGGAAAGGCAAAAGAUCUCUUACAGAAAAUAAAGGAUAACUAUAAAGACUAUGACUUUGAGAAUAGACUUACCGUGAGAGUAAAUAAUGCUCUAAGGCAGUUAAAAGCUAGCGGAUAAAUAGGAUAGAUCUAAUAACCAAAGAGGAAGAAUUGAGAUUAUAGAGGAUAAGUUGGAUAGAUCUAAUAACCAAAGAGGAAGAACUGAGAUUAAAGUCAUUAUAGUAGUAAACUGUCUCUUAUGUUGUUGAUAGUCAGUUCUACACACUGAAUCAAAAUUGUUAUACUGUAAUUUAUUAUUUUCCUUGUUUUAGUGCUAGGCAUUAGUUUCAUGAGAGUUAUCUUUCUUGGUUUAGUGCUAGGCAUUGGUUUCCUGAGAGUUAUCUUUCUUGUUUUAGUGCUACGCAUUGGUUUCCUGAGAGUUAUCUUUCUUGUUUUAGUGCUAGGCAUUGGUUUACUGAGAGUUAUCUUUCUUGUUUUAGUGCUAGGCAUUGGUUACAUGAGAGUUAUCUUUCUUAGAAGCAGGUACUUCCUUUAUAAUCUACAUGGAAUAUGAAGUAAUUUUUUUUAUUUUUGAUUUUGAUGACAUUUUGAAUACAUGAAUAGAAUGAAAAUUUAUGGAAGCCAUGGCAUAACUUUUAUUCUAAGUCAGAAAAUUUAGAAAUAGACAUCCAUAAAUUAACCUAUCAUGAUUAUGACAGAAUUCAUUCCAUUUGAGCCAUCACUUUUGUCAAGAUAUUGUAGAAACUGAACAAUUCUUCACAAACAUGCUUAAAAUGAACUUUCCGAUGUAACAUUUUACAAUGAAAGAAAAACUAAUUUGAUUCAAAAUGUUUUUCUGAUUUUAUUAUAUAUUUUUGAAGGACUGGAUGUUGGCACAAAUUGAAUGAACUUGGUAAAAAAGAAUGAAAAUGGACAAAAAUAUUACCAAGAACCAAAUAGACUUCGCAGGCUAUUCAAUUUUUACCUGGGUCCUUAAAUUUUAGCUGAGAAAAUCAAAAAUUCUUCUGUUUAUCUUUCACAUGUUUGCAGGUUUGGACCCUAGAGGAAAAUUGUCAGUCUUUAUACCUGAUAAGCUAUACAUUUAUUGUCUGUAGUAAUUCAUACAAUCAUGAAAUAUUUUUUUUGUCAAUUUUUAGACACAGAGGAAUGAUGUUUAUAAACUAAUUUUGAGGUGUUCAUUGAUUAGUUGUUCUAAAAUGUGUACAGAAGGCCAUGUUGUUUUAUUUGACAAUUAUGAGAUUAAAAUUUGAUGUCACAUGAUCAGUGUGUAGUAACCAUAUAUAGACUGUGAUUUGAUUUAUUAAUGUGAUACACAAAUGUAGAAAUAGGGUUCAAAGGUCAAAGGUCCUGGACCUGUUAUAUAUUAUAUGAGCCAAUCCAAAUUUUAACAGUGGGGCCAUAAUAAAUAAUAGGUUUGUUUGCCCAAAAGCUAUCUACCCAGAACAAAGCUGCCUACUCAAAUUCUUUUAUUGUCCUGAUUUGAAGAAGUUUUUUUUUAAUCAAAUAGGCAUGAAGACUAAUAAACAUCUGAUACUUCAAUUUCUUUUAAAAAAUUUUUUUUUUAAAAAUGCCUACCCGUCUCAACCUUUUGGGUAGGGUUUGGGCAAACCAAAAUAUUUUUAAGUGUGGCCUGAUUUGAUUCACCUUUUUGGAAAAAAUCUGGUAGCUUGAAAAUUUGUUAAGUUUAAAAUUUACCUCAUAUUUAAAAAUGCAAUUCAAAUUUGUUAUAUGUUUUAGUGAGGUUUUUUUUAAGCCUUUUUUAAUACCUCCCAAGUCUCAUAACUCAUAACAUUCCAUAUUUUGAUUUUGUUGUGAAUAUCAUAAUUUAGUAUAGACCACCAGGAGAAAUCGAAACAUGAUGUGCAAAAAGAGUCAUUGCAAAUUGAAUGUGGUCAAUCUUGUGAAAACAACAAAUUAAAAUUAACACCAUAGGAGCUUAUCUAUAUCUGAUAAUAAGCUUUGAACUUUCAUUUGUAAUUUAAAGAAGAGAAGCAGAAAAGAUGACCAUUUUUUUUUAUGACAGAUAGAAAAGCAUAGAAAUUAAGAUUGAUAAGUCCAGGACCUUUGACCUACAGAAAAUAUUUUUUUGAACCCUUAGAAACAGUAGAGUAGAUUUAUUUUGUAUUAAAACCUUGUCAGUAGUUUUUCACAGCAUUUAAAUCACUGUAAAUUUACAAUUUUUUAGAGAUGUUUUUCAUUUUUGAGAAAAAUUUAUUUAGAAAUCACAAUUUGAUUUGUUGAAAAUAUAUCUUACUUGUGUGUGAGCUGAUAAACAAAUCAAAUCAUAAAAAAAAAUGAGGGCAAUUAUUUCUGACUUUUAAACCUUCAUACUGAAGAGUUCACUAUUGGUCAUUAAUAAAAAAAUAUCUCGUCUUGAUGGAUAGAUAUAGGAAGAUGUGGUAUGAGUGCCAAUAAGACCACUCUCCAUCCAAGUCACAAUUUAUAAAAGUAAACCAUUAUAGGUCAAGGUACGGCCUUCAACGUGGAGCCUAGGCUCACACAUAUUCUAUUAAAAGCAAGGCAAAGGUAUGCUGUUUCCAGCUUUGCUGCCAAUAUCAACAUUGUAUUAGUAUGUGAUUAUGUCCAUUUAUAGAAAACCACUAAUAGCAGUUACAUGAUAAUAGGAAUGAUGUUAAAUUAGCAUUUCAUAUUUUAUUUCCGUGGAGUUUAUUUAUUUAGCAUGUGCCAACUCUUUUAAAGUAAAUUAGAUGUAGUGAAACUUUUUUUACAUCAUCUUUAUUCACCAUUUAUAUAUUUCCAUUGAAUUUCACAAGAGCAAUAUUUUUUUGUAAUUGAGUCUUGCCUAUAAAAACAAUAUCCUCAGUCCCAUGGACUCUGUCAUUCCCACGGACUCCCACCGGAAUUUUGUACAGAAUCCAAAUAUUUUUGAUGGAAUAUUUAUCAUGUUUAUAGUAAGAUUUGAUAAUAGUUUUGAUUUUUCAAGCAUUAUUUACAUAACACAUAUCAAAGUGUCAACAUUAACAGCUGUAUAUAAAUCGCUUUAGAUAUUUCAAUUGUUUACAAGCUGAAGUAAUUUAACUGUUUAUCAAAUUUGUUUCCCAGAGGCAGAUUUCGAGGGUUUUCCAGCCUUUUUUUUUUACUCAAAUCUCCUGUCUUGUCAUAUCUUUUUUCUUCUUCAAAUUUCAUCCUAACCUCCCCCUCCCCUCCCCCUUUCCCUCUAAAAAUCAAAUGUCUCUCGAUUCUUUGAAUGCUGAUUAUUAAAUUUAGUGCCAAACUAAUAUAAUCUUAUUAUAUAUCUUAUGUAUGCAAUUGUUUCUAGUUAUUUUAAUUAGUUUAUUUAUAGACCUAUUUAUUGCUCAUAUAUGUUGUACUAAUUGUUGAAGGUGUAAGGCUAUUUAUGGAGUUGUUAUGUGAUUUGAAAGCCCUCAUAUAUAUGUUAAAUCUGUAUUACUUUGUAAUUUUUAAUAGGGGUUUUGCAAGUAAAACCUUUCAAACUUAAUAUGCUGUAAAUUCAGAAAAUUUAUACUUGUAUUUAUUAUUGCGUUUGUUUUGAAAAAAUGACAAAAAUGUGAGAUUAAUGUUAUUGCAAUUUAAGAUAAAUCUGCAUACACUUGCGGCUGUCAAUGAAAUUAACAAUGUCGUCAUAUGUAAAAUAGCAAUAAACAGGUUAUCAUUUGUCAACUCAACAAGAUUGAUUUUCUCACUUUCACCAUGCUGGCUCAAGCGAGAAAAUCAAUCUUGUUGAGAUAACCAAGAUAAUCUAUAAGUAUCAGAUAUCAGAAUGUGAGGUUAUUAUUGUGAUUAUCUCCGUGGCAUUAGAUGCAGUAAUGAAAACCUCAGAAUAAUUUCUGAAUUUACAGAAUAUAUUGUAUUGUGUGUGUUUAUUAAAUGGUUUGUACUUUGUGCUGUGACAACUGAUAUUUGUUGCUGUUGUAAUCAUUUUUGUUUGUAUUCACAUUGAUUGGGACCAAAUAUUAAGCCAUACUGAAUGUAAAUCUGGUAUGGCUGUAACUUAUUUCAGGGUUUUGUUGUUUUACAUGUUAUCAAUGCAAAUAGUGAUAAGAAUUGUUUUUUUUAGAUUACUGGGUAUUUAUGAUAACGAACUAUUGAUUGACCUACAAAUAUAAAGGUAUUGCAUACAGUGGGAAUUCCAAGGGAGAGUUUGGGGGGUUGAAACCCACCUUUUUUUUAGACGAUCAAUGUAUUUGAAUGGGGACAUAUGAUUUGACCCAUUUUUAUCCCUUUUAUACUCACUGAAUUCAGAUAAAACGAAGAAUCCAUUGAAUCAGGAAUAGUUUUGAGAAGUCCUUUUGGUAUAAAGCAUGUCCCUCUGAACUGUGGCAGGCUCUUUCGUCUGGAGCAUGCUUUUUUUUAACUCAAUUGGGGCUAGCCCUUUUGGUAUAGAGCAUGCACUUAAAAUGUGGCAGGCUCUCCUAUUAGUCUGGAGCAACCCUGUGUGGUAUGGCGCAUGUUCUUUUGGUAUCAUGAAUGUGAUGGUCUCAAGUAGUUUAUUCUAGACAUGUGUAGCGUAAAAUUGUAAAUUACUGUUUAUUAUUUAUUUUUCAAUAAUCGUUUGCUGCUGAAAAGGUGGUCAAGCCCAAAAGAAUGACCAUAUUGAAUUUUUGAUGGACGAUGUUUUCAUUGUGUAGAUUUUUAGGUUAAUCAAUAUGCAUUUUAAAAUCACUGUUUUGUGCAUAGAAUGUGACUUUUGAGUUAACACAUGUAAAAAUGUAACCCCCUAACCAAAGAUUUCCCCAAAAAACAUAAGUUAAUUGAAACUCAUAACUAUAAGGGAUUCCAAUUACAUUAUGUAGAAAUGUGUGAGUUUUUUUUCUAGUUAAAUAUUUUACUCAUUGUCACUUGUUCACACAGUUAGAUUAGAGUUCUAUUAUCAGUAUUACGGAUCUUGAACCUGAAAUCUUAUUACUAUAGACUAUCUGGCAAACAAGGAAAGAAGGUGUUUUGGAAAGGAGUUUAAUCUUUCUUUCUUAACCAGUGCCAGAAAAGUGGUUUAAUCCUUCGUUAUAAGAAACCAGUGUCAGAAAACUGGUUCAAUUGUGCUGUCGAAACCAGUGCCAGAAAACUGGUUCUAUCUUACUCUGAAAACCAGUGCCAAAAAACUGGUUCAGUCUUGCUUUGGAAAUGAGUGCUAACAAUCUGGUUUAAUCUUUAUGAAACCAGUGCCAGAAACUGGUUCAGUAUUUCAUUAGAAACCAGUGUAACUACACACUUAAAUUGAUCUCUUAUCAGAUAAUUAAUUGUCAAUGGUUUAUAGCAUUAUGUUAUUUAUUAUAUUUCCUUGUUUACUAUUUUUGCUGUUAUCAGAAUCAAUCAACUAAUUUUCUU